AUGUCUAGCAGAAGGUCACGUUCGAGGCAAUCAGGGUCGUCCAGGAUUAGCGACGAUCAGAUAUCCGAUCUCGUGUGCCGGUUGCAACAACUUAUUCCAGAGAUGCGCAACCGGCGUUCGGACAAGGUUUCGGCUUCAAAAGUGUUGCAAGAGACUUGCAACUACAUUCGGAGCUUGCACAGAGAGGUCGACGAUCUGAGCGACCGAUUGUCGGAGCUUCUCGAGUCGACUGACGGUGACAGUGCUCAGGCAGCCAUAAUUAGAAGCUUAUUAAUGUCUUCACGCGAAAACAAAUCGUGGCGUCGUGUCCAGAUCGACCGCAAACGGUGCACUGGCGAGAAGACCGAGAAGAGCGGGAGGACGAUUGGCGUGGUGCUGUUGUGGCGAAGCUCAAUAUGUCGGUUGUUGGAGCGGAGGUUGUCGGAGCCGAUGAAGGGCUGUGAGAGUGUCGGUGGGACUUGGGAGGGGUUGUGGGGUCGUCUGUCGGCCUCUGGUCUCAGCUCUAGGGGCGGUCCGUCGAAGUGA